UUUUGUUUUUGCUUUUUAAAGCUCACCCUUAUAAUUCCCACUCAUUAUCUUUGUUGCUUAAAGCUUGCCCUCCUUCCUUAUCCUCCCACAACUCUUUAAACACAUCAAAUGUAAAUCAAGAGAGAGAGAGACUGUUCGAAUGUUCUUGAAAGAGAAAGAAAAACACUCAACACCUACAAAACCCUAAUCCAAAUUAUACACAACUUUAGAGAGAGAGAGAGAGUGAAAACCCUAAAAACCUAAACAAGAUUGUGAUUUUCCCAAUUUUCUCACUUUCUUGAAGCUAGGGUUUAGUGUGUGUUUUAGUGUGUGAUUAGUGUGUGUUAUCAAUAUCUCAUGUGAUCAUGGACGGUGGAGAUGAUCAUUUCCACCACCACCACCGGCCAAACUUCCCUAUCCAACUACUAGCAACAAAAGAAGAUGAAACCACCACCACCAGCAGCUCCUCCGCCACCGCCACGGCGGCGUACCCAACUCUAGCCAUCUCCACCAACACUUCCAACAUGCAACUAACCACCAUCAACACAACCACCUCCUCCUCCGGCGAACCAUCAAAAAAACAACCACCAAAACGCACUUCCACCAAAGACAGACACACGAAAGUCGACGGGCGCGGCCGCCGCAUCCGCAUGCCGGCGUUAUGCGCCGCUAGGGUUUUCCAACUCACCCGUGAGCUCGGCCACAAGUCCGACGGUGAAACCAUCGAGUGGCUGCUUCAACAAGCCGAACCCGCCGUCAUCGCCGCCACCGGAACCGGUACAAUCCCAGCAAACUUCACAUCACUCAACAUCUCUUUACGCAGCUCCGGUUCAAGCAUGUCAAUCCCAUCUCAACUCCGGUCCACUUACUUCAACCCUAAUUUCACUCUCCCAAACCGGAGAAACAAUAAUAAUAAUCUUUUCCCAGAAAACAAUAACAACAACACUUCAUCAAACCUAUUAACUUUUGGGUCAACGAUGAAUCUUAAUCAGAUGUUACAAGCGAAACAAGAAAUGAGAGAUAAUAAUGAUAAUAAUAAUCCGCCGGAGAAUGAACAUCAACAGAUGGGGAACUACUUGAUGCAGUCAACCACCGGAGCUAUGGCCGCGAGUCACCCAUCAAUUCCGGCGAACUUUUGGAUGGUUUCGAGUGCAAACCAACAUCAAGUAAUGAAUGGAGACCCUGUAUGGACGUUUCCGAAUGUGAAUAGUAGCUCCGGUGGUGUGUACAGAGGGACGGUUUCUAGUGGUUUGCAUUUCAUGAAUUUUCCGACGCCGGUUGCGGUUCUGCCGGCGGGGAGUGGUGGUGGUGGUAGUGGUAGUGGUGGUGGUGGGUAUGGUGAAGGGCAGUUGAAUAUGUUUUCCGGUGUGAAUCCGUACAGGCAAAUGUUUGGUCCGGGAUCAUCGGAAAAUACUCCGGCGAGUGGUCACGGCCACCGUGGCGGCGGAAGUGAUGAUCGGAAUGAUACGACCAGCCGUAACUCGUGAUUGUGUUGUGUUGUUAAAUUUGAUGUGUAAACACACGUGAGGUUUGAUUUUCUCAUUUUCUUGAUCCAAUUUUUUUACAUUUUUUUUGAAACGAUUCUUAAAUAUUAUGAUUUUUAUUUUUUUUUAUUCUAUCUGUAUGAUUAAUGUUA